AUGAAAGCUGUUGCCAGGGAACCAGAUGCCAUGAGCAGGCCACUCCAACAGCGUAAGAAUAUAAGCAUAGAGGCCAGGAGUGCUGGAGAUUAUUUAAACUGGAAGUCCCCAGAAGACUACAUCCUUGUCAACAAAGCCCAGAAUGGGAACAGUGCCGGCCAGCACUCUUGGAGCCUCUUUCUUCCUAAGACCUUCAGCACAAGAAAGGGCGCACUGAUUCUCUACUCAGAAGGGCUAGCUGUGUCAUCAUGGACACCCAGAGAAAGGAGAAGAGGUAGGAAGAAGCCAGACCUUGAAUUGCACACACUUCAAGACCUCAAAGAAGCCAUCUUGGCAUAUGGAAGGAGAAAGAGGAAACAGGACAGAGCCUGGCAGCCUUACCUCUACUUCCGAAGCAAGCCAGAGAGUCGGACCCAACGGCAGAUCCAGCCUGGGUAUUCAGCCAAGAGAUACCUCCGAGGCCUUCUGCGGACAUGGCCCCCUGACACCAUGUACAGACUCCAGUGUGCAGGACACAUCAAGGAUUCUGUGCUGCUCCAGGACAGUCAGCUUGGGAUACCCAAGAAUCUCAGGCCACAACAGGAUCUUUCAGGUGCACCCCCAAAAUACCAUUUCCUGCCUGUCAUUCCUUCAUUUUGGAUGCAACAGAGAUCGUCUUAUGCGCAAGGUCUGGAUGAAGGGGAAGUUGGUACAUACACGGACCAGCGCUCCGUGGCUCAGAACCACAGCAAUCAGGAGACUCACCUGAUGUCACUCAGGAAGCAGCCAUGGCAGGAAGAUGCCCCCCGGGCUGAGGACACAUUGAAAGAGAGCCGCCUCCGUGUCCACACUUCAGAGCAAAAUCACAAAGCAAAGGAUCAGCAGCAGCAAGCCUCCAGGACGGUCCCUGGGCGUGCCUCAUUCAGUCACCCUCAGCUUCCUAGUGACAAAUCCCUCUUCUCGUUCUACUGCGGAGCCUUCCCAGACAAACAAGGUAACAUGAAACUCCACAAGGCCAGAGGCGGCUGCUUGUCACAGGAGCCUCCUGUUGAAAGACACCUUUUCCCCCCUAUAGCAUCUGUCAUUGGCUCAGAACAAAAUACCUAUGGGGAAACAAAGAAAAAGAAGGCACCAAGGGCUCUGAAAUUGCCUCCUGUUUCAGAGGAACCACCCAGAGUCCUGAAACCCCUGAGGAGCCGAUUUAAAGGCAAUGAACCCCCAACGGAGCUCUUCAUUAUCCCGAUGGAGAUUCGUUUCCAUGCCCCACAAUCCUCAAAAGAAAAGACCAGCAGAAGAGGUGCUCAGCACCCCAAGUCAGAACCAGAAGAAGCCACACCUUUAUGGCGGCCUCCCAUGACGCAUCUGUACUUAGAAAGGCCAAGGGGCAUAACGGUGCAUCUCCCAGUGGACAACAGCCAGGACACACCCUCACCUCAAGACGAUGGUGAUAUACUGGCCCAGAGUGUGACUCAACCCCUGGGUCUCCUACCCCCGAUUGAAGGAAAGAAAAGUCCAGAGAUCCAGAGAGACAUGGACAGAACCAGGACAUCAGACUUCAAUAGUCCCACGGGUUGCCCAAAUGAGAGGGCACCACCAGUAGGACCAGAAGACUCCAGAGAUCCUACACCGAAACACUUCUUGCUGAGUCCAGAUGGUGAAACCGUCUGCCUGACCCUCCCAGGGCUCAUGGGAGCAGAGGCGCUUCCACUGGGACAAGCAAACACCGGAGCCAGAGCCAGUCUUCAUGGGAAUCUUUAUGACACCUCCUCAUGUUUGGCUCAAGCAGCAGAGAGUCAGGAACGUGGGGAUGAACUUGACUCUCAUGAAGAACCAGGAGGACUCCUCAGAGGAAAUGCCGAAGACAGCCAAGACCCAGAACCAAGGAACUCAACCCUUGCCCCCCUCAGUACUAACCUGGCUGAGUACAACCAGCCCUCUGAGGCUGACACCUUAAAGAGCAUGGACAGAGAUUACAAUGUGCACCACCCACACGGAGGGCCUCUAGAACAUGAGCCUGUAUGCCCAAGGACACUGGGUUCUGAGACAAAAUCUCUUCUUCCAAGAAAAAAGAAAAAGAGACCAAAACUGUUGAAACAGAAGACUCUAGUCACCAUCAAUCACGGAAGGGAUUUGGUUGACAAAGCUAAGAGGAAGAAAAGAACCAAGACACACCAGGCCAAAGCUUCCAAGAAAGAGAGGGAAGGAAGGGGCCUGGGGCAAGCAGACGCUGCUGGAGGAAAGCCAAAGCAUUCAAAAACUAAAAAGAAAUCAGAGCUAACUCCAAAAGAAAAGAAACUGGGAAGCAAAAUGAAAAGAAUACAUAAGGAGAGGGAUGUGGAGAUGGCAGCAGGGCUGAGCAAGUCAGAAGUCACCAACUCCAAGGAAGUGGGUGGUGCCUCACAUCGAGGGCUCCUCCGCUCACACUCUGCAGCUGAGCGACUCCGCUCACACUCUGCCGAUGAGUGGCUUUCUCUGGAACUAGAAGGUCUGGAUAGUCAAGUUGCUAUAGAUGGAAGAUUAUCACCCACCCAGGCCACAGAUGUCACUAGUGACAUGGAAGCUGCAGAGGAGAAAAACCAUGGAGACCCUUCCAAGACCCUCCAGGAUAAGAAGCAGCAGGAGAAGGCUUCUCGGGACAAAAUUCGAAUAGAGAAGGCAGAGAUGAGGUGGCUGGAGGUGGAGAGGAGGAGAAGGGAACAGGAGGAACUGAUUCGGCUCCAUCAGGAGCAGCUGGAGAAAGCAGAGAAGAUGAAGGAGGAGCUGGAGCUGGAACAGCAAAGACGCACCGAGGAGAUCCGCCAGAGAAAGCAGAGACUGGAGGAAGAACGGCAGCAGCAGGAGGAAGCAGAGAGGAAACGGAGGCUCCAGUUGCAGGCAGCCCGGGAGAGAGCUAGGCAGCAGCAAGAGGAGCUCCGCAGCAAACUGCAAGAAAUGCAGAGAAAAAAGCAGCAGGAGGAGGCCGAGAGGGCUGAGGCAGAGAAGCAAAGGCAGAAGGAACUGGAGAUGCAGUUAGCAGAGGAACAGAAACGCCUGAUGGAAAUGGCCGAGGAAGAACGGCUGGAGUACCAGAGGCAGAAACAAGCAGCCGAAGAGAAAGCUAGGCAGGAGGCUGAAGAAAGGAGGAAACAGGAAAAGGAAGCAGCAAGGCUAGCUCUGGAAGAAGCCACAAAACUAGCCCAGGAGCAAAUCAGGUACUUGGACAGGGGGACAACUGCUGUCAGGGCUUUUUCUGAGGCUUGA